AUGGGGGUCAGAUUCCAUCUCAAUACUAUCCUCCCAACGACAGAAUGCGAGUUUACACGUCUGGAAACUUUGGAAUACUUGUCAGCAAAGUCAGGGUCCCUACGUAUCGAUAACACUACUCUGAACGUUAGUGUUGAUCAGGCUAGGCUCAAGAAGAUCAUUGGUUAUGUUCCACCAGACGACGUUAUGCUUCAUCUUGAUGAUCUCCUCUCUUGUCUUGGACUCAGUCAUAGUCAAAAUAUACUUGUGGGUGAUCCAUCCGAACCGGUAAUAUCAGGAGGUCAGCAAAAGCGUGUAAGUAUCGGAAUCAAACUUGCCGCAGCACCGUUAGCCAUCAUGCUCGACGAACCUACAUCUGGACCGGACGCCACAUCCACCGUGUCUACUAUUGGCCCAGUAAGAAAGGCUUUAUGCAGGCCUGAUAUCAUUUUUAUAAACUUCUACUCCUGGCCACUAGACAAAGAAAUAUACUUUGCAUAA